GUGGGAGAAAGGUUCCUCUUCUAUACACUGUCCCGCGCAGGCAAGAUAACAAUAUAUCACAUUGUUUUCUUCUCAAUAUUUCACAGCUUUUAUUAUGAUAAUUUACAGUUGACAGAUGUAAGAUCCAAACUUAGUUAGCAUUCAUCGGAACUUAAUAUCCGAGCGUAUUUCUGAAGCGGACAUUGACGGUCCCUUCCCGUUUAUAAACAGCUGCCCACUGAACUCGAGUGUAGGAAGCACCGUGGUGGACUAUCGUUAUGUGACUUUCCCCUCGUUUUAGUCCAUUUUCAAUCGUGUUUUUGUCAAGAAUGAUGGAGAAAUUCGAGAGCUACAUUUUCACGGCGCUCUGCAGCACCAACUUCUUGGUCUCCUGUCUGCUGUUCUCCAGGGUGACCCGAGAGCAGAAGGGUCCUUACAUGGACGAGAUUUUUCACGUCCCACAAGCCCAAAAAUACUGCCACGGAAAAUUCAGCGAGGUAAUAUUUAUGCCUUUUUAAUGUCUGUAAUAGAGUCAUGAUAGAGAGAUAGUUGUUAUAGCGGAUUAAGGUUAAAUGACAGAGUCUUUAAUCUGUCUAACAUAAAGGAGGGUAUUAAAGAGCUUUAUGUGCUUUUAACAUGUAGUCUAGAUUAACAAAGCAUUGUCCUGACUGCACAACCCACAGACACAGACAUUGUCCCUUUUGCUGUGAUUUUAACACAAUUUCUGCAUUUUAUUAAAUUAAAUUCCACCUAGUCUGCCUGGUUGACAUCCACAUCCUUCAACUCUUCCAGCUAUAACAGAGAUUUCUAUAAGAAAGCAUUAAAUACAUGAGGUUUUCUAUAAAAUGGCAUAUUUGCAGUCGUUAACUAUUAAGGUAAAUAAAACACAGUAGGGGAGAGUGGGGUAAGAUGCGCCAUUUUUCACAUUUUGGAUCACUACAUCAAGUCAAUCAUAGUUUUGUCUCUAACUAGUGUAUCUGCAUAUAUUUCAAGAUGUUGUUCAUCCCUGCAAACCAGCAGAAUGAGUGUAAAUAUAACUGUCUUGAUAAUAUAGCAUGCCAAAAAAAAGGGGUCUCCUAUGGUCAACUUACCCCGUGUAUGGGGUAAGCCAUCCCUCCUUCACCUUCUCUCUCCUUAAAUAACAGUCACUUCUUCACAUUCAUGUGUAUUUUUUAUCUAUUACACGCUAUUCAACUGGUACAAUAAUUCUUAUUCUUAUUAUUAUUGCAUAUAACUGCUAAAAAGCUGUUUUGUAAAAAGACAGUUUAACAUGAGAAUGUCUUUAAGUGAUUCAGAACAUUCACAGCUGUAUUUUUGAAAAGAAAAAGUAAAACAUUUAAAAUCUGAACUGAAACUCUGAUCCUCUCAACAGACUUAUUAACUUUCUAACUUAAGCAGCUGGCUCAACUUACCCCAGAACUACCAUUAUGACUUUAUUAGUCCUCUAAGCUAAAAUGGUGGACUUUUAUGUCAGGUUUUGUAGCUCAUAGAUACCACAAUUGAUGUAUAAAACAAAUUUAAAAUGACCUUUUUUGGUCUUAACACAAUUCUAUUAAAACUCAUGACAGACUAAAUUCACUUUCAAGAGUGAAAAAUGUUUUUUUUGUAAAUAAAUGUUUAACCCCUUCACCCAUGCACUCCUAACCUUCACAGACUCCAUGAAUUGAUGCCCAUCUCCUAAAUAUUUGGUCACAUGAUCAAUUUCUUUUACCAUUUCAAAGCAACACGGGGGUGGCUCAACUUACCCUUUGGCUCAACGUACCCUACUCUCCCCUAAUGUAAAUUCUACUGGUUUUUAAAGAUGCUGAUUUUUACUCCUCUGCAGUGGGACCCCAUGAUAACCACGCUCCCAGGCCUUUACCUCGUCUCUGUGGGGCUAAUCAAGCCCGUGGUGUGGCUUGCAGACCUCACAGGCGAGGUGGUUUGUUCCACCGCCAUGCUGCGCUUCAUAAACCUGCUUUUCAACUGUGGCAACCUUUACCUGCUCUAUUUGCUCAUUUGCAAACUACACCUCAAGGAAAAGGUAAAUCAAAAGCAGAUCCUGGUUUUGAGUCGAUGAAAUUGUGUUGCCGUUUCUUAUUGAACGUCUUUCUUUCAGAGUCGAACGGCCUCACGCCGAGUCCUCUCUGCGCUGUCUCUGUCCACCUUCCCUGUGCUCUACUUCUUCAACUUCCUUUACUACACGGACGCCGGAUCUACUUUCUUCAUCCUCUUCACCUACCUGAUGACGCUGUACAGCUGCCACAAGGUUUCUGCUUUCCUUGGCGUCUGCUCAGUGCUGUUUCGGCAGACCAACAUCAUCUGGGUUGCGUUCUGCGCCGGCACAAUUGUAGCGGCCAAAAUGGAUGAGGCCUGGAAAGUGGAGCACUCAAAGAAGAGGGAUGAGAAGUCUUCUCCCUCCCAAGUUCCUCUGACUGUCAGUGGAGUUAAGAAAGUGAUGCUUUUCACCGUGGAGUUCCUCACCUCGCCGAGUCAUAUAAAGGCGGUUCUGCUGGUGACCUGGCCUUAUGUGGCGGUUGGCGUAGGUUUCCUCGGGUUUGUGGUGCUGAAUGAAGGGAUAGUGGUGGGCGACAGAUCAAGCCAUGAGGCCUGCCUACACUUCCCCCAACUCUUUUACUUUUUCUCCUUCGCCCUCUUUUUCUCCUUCCCCGUGUCUCUUUGUUUCAGUCGUGUCCUCCGCUUUCUCGAGGCGCUGAAAAAACAGCCUCUAUUCUAUCUCCUUGUCGCUGGUAUCCUUUCGCUUCUGGUGUGGAAGUUCACCUUCGUGCACAGCUACCUCCUCGCGGAUAACCGACACUUUCCCUUUUACGUGUGGAAAAGGCUUUUCCAGAGGCACGAGCUGGUGCGUUUCCUCCUCGUCCCUGCUUAUGUGUUUGCAGGAUGGAAUUUUUUAGACUCUUUCAAGUCCCGCUCAUUAUUCUGGAGUUUGGCGUUUCUGGCGUGCCUCCUGGCCGCCACGGUUCCCCAGAAGCUGCUGGAGUUCAGGUACUUCAUCGUCCCAUAUCUGAUGUACCGCUUGCACAUGCCCCUUCCCUCUCUUCCGAGACUAACUGGGGAGUUUCUUCUGUACACUGCGAUAAACGCUGCCACGAUUUACAUCUUCAUCAGCAAGAUAUUCCACUGGCCCGACAGCACAGCCACUCAGAGGUUCAUGUGGUGAACAUUAAAAACAAUGAAGACAGCUGAUAUCAGGAAAUCAGAGAACCACGAUAAUUAUGACAUUUCCAAAAUUUCAAAUUCAACAAACCUUUCAGUCUCAGAGUGAGACGGUGAAGGUUUGAAGGACUGAUAUGCUGUGAUUUGUUUUCAAUGACAGGAGGCAGUGGUGCUUUCAGUGUGAAUUAGUUCACAAAUAUAAAAAAAAAAAGUGCUUCAAAGAGAACUCAUUUUGUAAAAGCUCUUCAGUUUUUGGUUUUGAAAAUUCAAGAAGUGUUUCAGAUUAUACAUUCCUAUUACAGCAGCUUAUUUUGAUCAAUUUCACUGUAAAUGAAGUUCUUUUGUACUGAAUAUUCAAGUUUUUUGCUGUAUGCUUCAUGUUAGAUGCAGAUUAACAUGGCCUGAAGUUGGUAUUUUGACCUUUUUUUUUUUACUAUUAUUCAAAUUAUAAAAAUUUACGCUUUUUCAUGAAUUGAACUGUUGACUUGGAAAAACACUUUUUGUGUUUUGAGAUGAUUUUUUUCAUGAGUGAAAGUUUUUGAAAAACACAUGAGCUCUUCAGCCCCAGUUCCCGAAGGGUGGGACGCUAAAAUUUUGAUAAAAAAUAGACACUAGACACAAAAUAGACACAAAAAAAUGUUGGGCCAGGGAGAGUAAAAUGCAAAAAAAAAAAAAAAAAAUUGGUAUCUGUGCAGAUUUGAGACAAGCUGUCAGGUUCUCCAGUGUGGUUCUGAUCAUUUGCUGGUUUGGAUUAGAGCUGCGCUGUGAGAUUCACAUUGAUUUCCUGUCAGCUUUAAAGUAAAGAGUGGUUGCGUACGUGCUCGUGAGCCUGCAUUGCUCUAUAGGCCGUCACAGACUCGUUACGCCGCUGUUUGCUGCCAUCCAAAAAAAAAAGCCUUUUUUCAGGGAAGACUUUGUAUACUUCAGCAGGACAAUCCCAAACCACGCUCUGUUUCUAUGACAACAGCUUGGUGCUGUAGUACAAGUGUCAGGAGUUGCAAGAUUUUCAGUUAAGGCUCCUGUGAGGAACGUUCACUUUGUAUUAACAUUGGCGCCCCCUGUGGACAAAGCAGUCUUCACUCGUCUUGUCCGCUACAUGCACUAGUAAAUAUUCAUGACAACAAAUCUCAUCCUGCUGACUUUUGACGGUCAGAUGUCGUAUUUAUUGUGACUAUUUUUGGUGUAAAUUGUUAAAACAGGGCUUGGACCUACCCCCUCACUCACACUGAUUUCAGACUAUAUCAAAUAUAGAAACCCAAUUUUUCUGUCUGUUCCUUUUUAAUUGUCUUUAAAUUGUUGUAGGAAUAUCCUGUUCUCUUAUCCUCUGAAUGUUUCCCAUAGGCUGUUUUCAUUUGACCACAUUUGUCUGUGUGAUGAUUGUAUGUGAAGGAUCUCAUUUCCAAAAAUACUUUCUGUUUUAAGUCUGUGCUUUUUCCUUUGACAGUUAUUCAGCUCUAUAUUUCACCCCGACUGCUUUAUGAAUUUUGUGCAAAAAGAUGAAUAAAAACAUUUUGCAUAAGUUAUUCUCAA